AUGCAUCACCUCCUCGACACCUGGGUUGACGCUCACUUUGAUGACGAGGUCCACUUCCUACAGACCUUGGUGCGGGUGCCUACGGACACGCCCGUUGGCAACAAUGCACCGCACGCCGAGGUGACGGCCGGACUACUCGAAGGCUUCGGCUUCGAGGUCGAGCGCCACGCCGUACCUGAGGCCGAGGUGCGCGCCCACGGCAUGGUCUCCGUCACCAACCUCAUUGUGCGCCGUCGCUACGCGCCUACAGGCCGCACCAUUGCCCUCAACGCGCACGGCGACGUGGUGCCGCCCGGCGAGGGUUGGACGCGCGAUCCGUAUGGCGCCGAGGUUGAGAAUGGUGUCAUGUUCGGCCGCGCAACCGCCGUAAGCAAGAGCGACUUUGCCAGCUUCACCUUUGCUGUGCGCGCACUGGAGUCCCUCGGUACGACCCUCACCGGUUCGGUCGAGCUGCAUUUCACCUACGACGAGGAAAUUGGCGGUGAGCUGGGCCCUGGCUGGCUGCUGAGAGAAGGCCUGACCCGACCGGAUCUUCUCAUCGCUGCUGGCUUCGCCUAUGAAGUCGUCACCGCCCACAACGGGUGCCUGCAGAUGGAAGUAACCGUCCACGGCAAGCAAGCUCAUGCCGCCAUUCCCGACACGGGGAUCGAUGCGCUUCAGGGAACCGUCGCCAUUCUCAGCGCCCUGUACGCGCUCAACGAUGGGUACCGCCAAGUACGUUCGCAGGUCAGCGGCAUCAAUCACCCGUACCUUAACGUUGGUCAUAUCGUAGGCGGUACCAACACCAACGUCGUACCGGGCAAGGUCACAUUCAAGCUCGACCGUCGCAUGAUCCCCGAGGAGGAUCCGGUUGCAGUCGAAGCAGAGAUUCGGCGUGUUAUCGCUGGUGCUACUAACGGCGUCACCGUCGACUUGCGCCGCCUCCUCCUCGCCAAGGCAAUGCCUUCAGCGCCGGGUAAUCAGCCGCUUGUUGAUGCCAUUCAGAGGCACACAGGCCAGGUGUUUGGCCAGUCGGCACCAGUGACGGGCACGCCUCUUUACACGGAUGUGCGCCUCUAUGCCGAGGCCGGCGUGCCGGGAGUCAUCUACGGCGCUGGCCCGCGCACAGUUCUCGAAUCACACGCCAAGCGAGCGGAUGAGCGGCUGCAUCUUGAAGAUCUCAGGCGGGCCACUAAGGUCGUCGCGCGGACGCUGUACGAUCUGCUGCAGACUACUUAG